CAGCUCCCUCGCCGCUGCCUCUACGAGAACUCGACCCCGCCGCUCCACUGCGACGCCUCUGUUUACAGCACGCCGCCCCCCGCCCGCCCUCGGUCCCGUCCCAACGUCGCCCGCGCCGCCCGACAGCUCCACCGCAUCCCCCAGCCCGCCUGUACGCGCUCCGUGUGCGCAUCAUCGCGCGAUUGCCAACAGCCCAGACCGCCGCCCUCCCGCUGCCUCUACGCGCCCCGCUAUCGCUAUCGCCAGCAGUACUGUGGAAGCCCGGUCCUGUGCCGGACGAUGCGGAGAGCGAGGCGUUGUCUGCUGAGGAACCACCACGACAGCGCCUUCACAUUCUGACAAGCUGGAGACUCUCGGGCUACAGUCGCUCGCGGGGUUGGUGGGAGCUUCGGCCAAGCGCCUCUCGCGUUCAGCCAUGGAGGACAAGGACCCGUCGCCGUUUGGCUAUACCUUUUCCGGCGACUUCUUCGGCGGUUCUCCAACGGGCCUCGACAAUGGCGGGCCCUCGCUUCUGAGUGAGAUGGAGAGCCAGUCGCUCACAGACUUCUUUUCGCACACGGAUCCCUGGCUGUCCGGCCCAGCAGCCUUCCCCCCCGCCACCGAAACGAAAGAGUCACUCGACAACUUCAACAACAGCUGGGGCUUCGUCCCUCCCCCCACGAUACACCGCGUCUCCACCACCAUACCAGAUCAAGCCCACCUCCAUAACUUCCACCCCGAGCACAGUUACGCCCCGAUUCCACACUCGACUAGCCAUCUCUCGAGCACGGCAGACGAUCUGCAAGCCGCAUCGACGUUGUUCUCCAACGCGCAGGCACCGCAGCAGCAUCUUGGAAGGGCAUACAGCUAUCAUGACGUGCCCUCGUCAAGCGCGAACCCAAGCAGUCUGCCCACGACUGGCUUUCACAGUCUGCCCAUGAUACCCACAUCGCACGGCUUGAUGAACGAGCAACUUGCGGCCUUGCUGCCGAACCACGAUGAAGACGGCUCGAUAGACGCCCAGCUCGCCGCUCAGUUUGUAUCUAGUGACGCACAACAUCGCCAUAAUGCGAAUUUGCGAGAACUCGGAAUCCAGCGGGCGCCGCUUAAAAGGUCGUACACGUACGGGACGGACAGUGCAUUUGACGAGUCAGGUUUCAAAGUGUCCUCGCCCACAGAAACCGAGGAGCACGUAACCCGGCGACUACUCUCAGAUCUAGCUCACGCGCAGUCGCUCGCCGAGCAGGCUGCCAUCGCACGCGACGAAGCGAAAUCCGGGAAGACAAGCAGCCAGAAUGACUUUCCCGCCGGCCUGGUUGACAUACCGAGUGACGAGGACGGACAAUCUGAAGAGGUGACCUCUGAUGAGGAGGAAGACGACGAUAGGCCAGCCAAGAAGAGGCGGAAGAGCAAGAUCGCUUCGGCUACCAAAAACGGGAGGGCGAGCGGCGGCAAGAGCGUCUCAGGUGCAAAAUCCGGCAAGAACCGCAAAGCAUCCAUGGACGAUCAGCCUGGCAAGAAGAAAAGGGGUUCAACGGCCGCCCAGAAGCCUCAGCGGGAGAACCUCACUGAGGAACAAAAGCGCAGCAACCAUAUUCUUUCAGAGCAAAAGCGGCGAAAUCUCAUCAAGCGCGGGUUUGACGACCUACACGAACUCGUUCCAGAACUCAAGAAUGGUAGCUUGAGUAAGAGCAAUGUGUUGAUGGAGGCGGCCAAUUUUCUGGAAGCCUUGAUCGUCGACAACAAGAAAUAUAUCCAAAUGAGUGGAGGAGAGGAUGGCUGAGCGGAUCUGCCGGGAGGAUGCAGUCACGUAUCAGACUCUCAGUUGCCAUGAAAACCCACGGUCUUCGGCGAAUUGUCCAGUUGUGAGGGUGGACACUACCUUCAAGGUUGCUUCAGGUCUAUCCGGCAACCAACACUGCCUCUCUUGCCUAGGCCGAGUCGGCUAGAGCCGGAACCGCGCUAGCCCGAGGAUACCUCAAUGAAGGUUCUUCGACAGGCCAACAUCAAGCCUUCGGGUAUAUUAGUUAUGGGAAGUACGGUGUACAGGGUAUUCUACAUGGUUGAUGAGUUCGAUGCGUGGGGUUUUGAAGUGGAGACAGAUGGAGACAGAUGUUAGCGGGCUAAGGUGAGUGUUGGUAUUGUUAUGUUUCCGAGCUCCCAGUGUGCAAUGCUAGAUACCCAAGAACAAAAAUGCAGAUUCAAGCCUGGUGCGCAU